AUGUGCAAAGGAAACCAUGUGCUACCAGAUUGUUCUCAAUUCCUUGCCCUGCCCAUUACCUCUCGUCGUAGUUAUGCUAGGGACCACAAACUCUGCUACAAUUGCUUAGGAAGCAACCAUUCUUCGUCGCGAUGUCGUUCCAAAACUCGUUGCCCUCACUGUCGAAUUCGUCAUCAUGUUCUUGUGCAUUUGGAUUCUCCGACACCAGCUGCUGAAACUAAUAAUCUUUCUUCAGAAUCCCCCUCGACAUCUCAAGGUUCCUCGUUGUCUAUUGUUAGCAAUCAUGUUCAAAAUGAAAUUCGUCCCUCCGGUAUUUUGCCCACAGUUGUUGUCCAGGUUGCAGAUACUCUUGGUAACAAACACCUUUGUCGCGUUUUGCUCGAUACAGGUUCCCAAGCUUCUUUUGUAACUGAAAGUUUGGUGAAAAGGUUACAUCUUCGUCGUCGUCACGCUCGUCUUCCAAUUUCCGGAAUCUCUUCGCUAGAAGCUGGUGUUACGCAGGGUGCUGUGACCCUGAAUCUUAAAUCCUGUGUUGAUUCAAAUGAAAUGGAUGUUGAAGCCUUCAUUUUGAAUAAAAUCACUUCUCAUACUCCUCUAGUUCCUCUUGACUUUGAUAAAUCUUUGCUGUUGGGUGACUUGAAAUUGGCCGAUCCGAGUUUUGACAUUCCAGGACCAAUUGAUAUUUUGAUAGGAUCUGACAAGGCCUGGAAUAUUUUACGUGAUGGUCGUCGCACUGACAAAAACGGGAACAUUAUUGCCCAUAAUACCAUUUUUGGAUGGGUUAUAACAGGUAACGCUCCAACCAAGGAAACUGUGUCCUUGUUUGUAGGAACCAUGCAGAUGGUUUUAAGUCUUCUAAAAACAUUUUGGGUAAUCGAAGAACUUCCUCACAAUAUGUACUCGUUAGAUUCUGGGGAUUUUGCAGAUUCUCAUUUUUGUAAAACCUUCUAUCGUGCGCCUGAUGGCAAAUAUGUUGUGGAAUUACCUUUGCGAGGACAGGAUGUAAGUUUCAGUAACACUCUCCCUGGAGCAUUGUCUCGGUUGUUUGCUAUGGAACGUCGUUUUGCUCGUCAGGAAAAACUUCGUCUGGAUUACUGCAGUUUUAUGAAGACCUACCAGGAAUUAGGACACAUGGAGCGUAUCCCAGAAUCAGAGAUUGAGCCUACUUCUGGGAACACCUUUUAUUUGCCGCAUCAUGCUGUUGUGACAAACAAAUUAAGGGUUGUGUUUGACGGGUCACAUAAGGAUGCAAGUGGUACGAGCUUGAAUGAGAUGCUGCAUAUAGGACCUCCACUCCAGCGUAAUUUGAUUAAUGUCUGUUUGCGUUUUAGAAUCCAUCAAUAUGUUUUUUGUGCCGAUAUUGUUAAGAUGUUUCGACAAAUUUGGGUCGAUAAAAAACAUCGUGACUACCAACGUAUUGUUUGGAGAGAAAACCCUAAUGAACCCAUUGGACACUAUAGGUUGUGUACAGUCACCUACGGUACUUCACCUGCUCCAUUUCUGUCGAUGCGUGUCUUGAAACAACUUGGCUUAGAUUACAAAGAUCGAUUCCCAAUUGCUUCACAUUCUAUAUUGCAUGAUUUUUAUGUUGAUGAUAUCAUGACAGGCUCGGAUUCGGUGUCAGGUAUUUUAGAAUUGAAAAAAGAGUUGAUUGAGUUGCUAUCCUGUGGCGGUUUGCAGUUAAGCAAAUGGAGCUCAAAUUGCUGGCCAGUUUUGCAGGGUUUAGAUUGUGAACCAACGUUUUCUCUUGAUUUGGAUAGCGCUGAAAACUGUACAAAGGUCCUCGGAUUAAUUUGGAAUCCUCACCGUGAUAUUUUUACCUUCAAAAUUUCUCUCGAAUCAUCGUUUGCACCUACAAAGCGAAUGCUGUUGUCAGAGAUUGCUAAAGUCUUUGAUCCCUUGGGUUUCCUGGCUCCUGUCACCAUUUUAUUUAAAAUGCUGUUCCAGGAGUUAUGGGUGCAUGAAACGAAAAUCGGAUGGGAUGAUCCACUGCCAAGAUUUUCCGAUGCAUCGCAGAAGGCAUAUUCAGCUGCUGUCUACAUUCGCAGUGUAUCUGAGAGAGGAGAGAUCGAGGUUCAACUGGUUGCUGGUAAAACCCGCGUCGCCCCUGUAAAGCAGUUAACUAUUCCUCGUCUUGAACUUUGUGGGGCCCUUCUGUUGACUCGGCUAAUUGUGUUAGCGUGGCUUUCAUCUCCUCCUCGUCGAUGGAACACCUUUAUUUCCAAUCGUACCGCUGAGAUUCUUGAUGAGCUACCCCGUUCCGAAUGGAACUAUAUUCGCUCUGAGCAAAAUCCUGCUGAUUGUGCAUCGAGAGGGGUUGAACCUCGGAAAUUGUUGCAGUUAGGUAUCUGGUGGAAAGGUCCAGAUUGGCUUUGCAUGGAAUUUGAUUCUUGGCCAAUUUCAGCUGUUAGUGAGGAGCUAGAAGAAGUGCCUGAAAUGAGAAAGCAAACUGUUGUUGCCCAUGUAUUGUGUGUCCAAGAAGGACUUCUCGAUAAACUAGGAAAACGAGUCUCUUCUUGGUUCAAAGUUCUUCGAAUUGUAGCUGUCUUUGUUCGGCGGGCCAGGAAUAAUCAUCUACCUCCAGAGGAACGUAUAAGAGGUUUCUUUCGCUCCUCAGAGUUGCUUUACGCAAAACAGAAGUGUCUCUUAUGGGCACAAGAAGAGUUUUCCGAGUAG